UGCUGGGUCCACAGUGUGUCAUGGGUCCCUGUACCGCCUCCCAUUGCUCCCACUCUGCCAUGUGCCACUUUCAGGUCUCCUCACACUCCUGCUGGUUUCCAUUUUGUCAUAGGUUGCUGGCAGAUUACAGGCCUCCCAUAGGUGCUGCCAGGCCCCAAAUCUGCCAUGGGCCCCCGUACCGCCUGGUCACGCUGCUGCUGGGUCCACAGUGUGUCAUGGGUCGCUGUACCGCCUCCCAUUGCUCCCACUCUGCCAUGUGCCACUUUCAGGUCUCCUCACACUCCUGCUGGUUUCCAUUUUGUCAUAGGGUGCUGUAUGGCCUCCCAUUGCUGCUGCCUCCACCGCCACACUGUGGCUCCAAACACUGGUUUUGGCCCCGUGACUGGCCAAAUGAGUGA